AUGGGAAUUCUGGAGAAGAUUACACAAAUUCAGGAAGAGCUUGCUCGAACUCAAAAAAAUAAAGCAACCGAGUAUCAUAUUGGUCUGCUAAAGGGUAAGCUAGCUCGGUAUAGACAGCAGCUGCUUGAACCCCCACCAGGAUCGUCUUCUUCUCCCGGCCAGGGAUUUGAAGUAUCGAAAAGUGGAGACGCCAGAGUCGCACUUAUUGGUUUCCCAUCCGUUGGUAAAUCUUCACUAUUAUCUAAAAUCACCAAGACCAAAUCAGAGGUCGCUCAAUAUGCUUUCACGACCUUAACAUCGGUACCAGGCGUGUUGGAAUACAACGGAUCAGAAAUCCAAAUCUUAGAUUUACCAGGUAUUAUUCAGGGAGCUUCUGAAGGCAAGGGAAGAGGUAGACAAGUUGUCUCAACGGCGAAGACUGCAGAUUUGAUUCUCAUGGUUUUGGAUGCUACAAAGUCAGAUGAGCAACGGGCUAUCUUGGAGCGUGAAUUGGAGGCUGUAGGUAUUCGUCUCAACAAAGAACGACCAAAUGUAUAUUUUAAAAUCAAAAAGGCUGGUGGGUUGAAAUUCAAUGCCACAUCUCCACCUAAAUAUCUGGAUGAGAAGAUGGUAGGCAAUAUCCUCCGAGACUACAAGAUUCAUAAUGCUGAUGUUCUCAUUCGAGACCCAGAGGUGACUGUUGAAGAUUUUAUUGAUGUCAUUAAUGCCAACCAUCGGUCAUAUAUCCCAUGUCUUUACUGUUACAACAAAAUUGACGCUGUGUCACUCGAAGAAACUGAUCGAUUGGCUCGUCAACCCAAUACUGUGGUUAUUUCCGUGUCUAUGGACUUGGGUAUAGAUGAUCUUCUAGAACGGAUCUGGGCAGACUUAUCAUUACUUCGCAUUUUCACUAAACGUAAGGGUGUUGCCCCGAACUUUUCAGAACCUAUGGUUAUCCGAAAGGCACACAAUUCGAUAGAAGAUGUCUGUGAUGCCAUUCACCGAGAUUUCAAAUCCAAAUUCAGAUAUGCUCUUGUAUGGGGUGCAUCUGCCAAACACAGUCCGCAAAAAUGUGGUCUUCAGCAUCUGAUAGAAGAUGAAGAUGUUGUCUCUAUUUUUACAAAAUAA